AUGGGUCAGAAACCAUCGGUCCCACAAUCGGGAACAACCAUUCAAGUCAUUGGAGCCGGCCUCCCACGCACAGGGACAGCCUCAUUCAGUAAAGCCCUCGAGAUCCUCCUCAAAGGCCCAGUCUUCCACUGCGGAACCCAAGCAACGCUAGGCCCACCAGCCCAAAUAAAAACCUGGAUGAGCAUCCUAAAGACCUGGCUAGCGAUUAAAGAAGAAGACAAUGAUUCUUCUAAAAAAGACGAUAUCGCCAAAAGUCAAAGUCAAAGUCAUGUCCUCUCGCUAUUACACCGCCAACUCGACGGCUACGCCGCAAUAACCGACUCUCCAGGCUCACAGUUCAUCCCAGAAUUGAUGCUCCUAUAUCCACACGCCAAAGUCAUCUGCACUAUCCGCGACGUGGGCCGCUGGGAAAAAAGUAUGAAUGUCGUUAUGCACUAUACGAUGUUCUGGUUCCUACGCGCUGUCCUGUUUCCCCUGCCGGGUAUGCGCCACUUUAUACCGUAUCUGCAUCUGCUGGCAGCGCAGUGGAAUCGGUUGUAUGGCGAGGCGUUGCCGACUGGUCUGACAUAUCAACGGCAUCUAGCUUGGUUGAGAGAGGUUGUCCCUGAGGAGAGGUUGGUGUUUUUUGACGCUAGGGAUGGGUGGGAGCCGCUCUGUGAGGCGCUGGGAUUGGAGGUUCCGUGCGGCAUUCCUUUUCCGCAUGUUAAUGAGGGGAAUGGUAUUGAGAGUAUUGCCAAUUUGCAUAUUAGGCGGGGGUUGACCAGGUGGGCUUUAAUUGUUGUUGGGGUUGCUGUUUUGGCUUGGGGGCUGAAAAGGUAG